AUGAUGGAAUAGCAAAUUAUAAGAGAGAUAAUUAUCAGUGAGAAGAAGAGUCCCAAUAAGAAGAUAUUUGUGGGCAAUCUCAAUCCAGAGACCAGUGACGACGACGUCAAGCUAAACUUCCAGCGAUUCGGAGAAAUCACGGCUUUUGAACGCAAAAAGGCUGACUAUGCUUUGCUUGAAUUCAAAGAGUAUGAGAAUGCAAUAGAAGCAGUGUAGGAGAUGGAUAGAAUAAUGAUAGACGAUAGCCAGUUGAAAGUAAACAUGGCUUGGGUCAACCCAAUCAAGCCUACGUUUCAGUCCACCAUGAAUCAGUUGGUGCAGAGAGGCAUAGUUAAGAAUAUGGCUUCUGAGGAGGACUGCUGCUUCAAGUGUGGUUAAAAAGGGCAUUGGUCAGUGAUAUGUAAUGAUGUUGGAGGUGGAUCGAGUGAUUAAACCAAUUAAUAACCGCAAUCUUCAUUUGGUUAUAACUAGUAAAACUCCUACUAAUAAUUUAACAACUAUGAUAGACCUUUUCCAGGAGGCGGGUAUAGUUUCAAUAGACGCAAGGGCUGGAUUAAGUGCUACGGCUGUGGCAAAAUGGGUCACUACAAGACUGAGUGCAGAGUUAAAAAGCCAGGCAAUGAGCAAAAUGAGUGA